AGUAUCAAUAACAAUCCUCAGCGGGACUGGUCCGUAUCGCUUCUCUACAUUGUAAUCACCGGCAGUACUAAGUCUCUUAUAACGAUGAUCGCAGCCAUUCCUGUCACAGACGAGCAGAGGAAAGCGCGAAAGAAAGAGUUCAUCGACCCCAUCAAUGAAGAUAGCAUUUGCCAACUUGCGUCUCGACACAAUGACAUGAAGCCAUGUGAAGUCCUCCGCUCAAGUAAUGGGAGCUAUAGCACCAGGUACCUGCUUUAUGUUACGUUUCCUGACGAUGGAACUCAAUGGGUCCCGAUGCAACCUGCUCUUUGCGACGACUGGGCUAAGAUCCAAAGCGAGGUAUACCCAAAACAAACCCACCAUCCCUAUCCCCACAUCCACGGUUUCGGACGAGACGAAGCCCUGGCUCGGAACCCAAUCUACAACUCCAGCAUACCUUAUCCUGGACUACGUAUCUGGAUACCUCCUCGAUAUCGAGUCGUUUAUGAAGGAUACCAGGACAUGCCGCGACCAUUUCUACUCAUAACUUACCGAUGCCCUGGCUCAACUCCGGAAGCUCGAAUUCCCACCCCUACUGCCACAUACAACCGACGGGUAUACCACCCUGUUGUCGGUCCCCUCUCCUCUAUACACAUCAACGACAUGCAAGUGGAAGGGUCGGACCGGCUCGAUCCCCCGCCGGUUAUUCACGCCACCUCCGUGGAUCGCGGGGCGCGAAUCGGCCUUGCAGAGGACUGGAACCUUGAACUCAUAAAUGACGUGGCGCUGCCCAUAGCCGACGUAUAUGACAAACUCUUCGAGGAGCCUAGCUCAGAAGUUGUUCCCCGGUUUUUCAACACGCCGAGACCCGGCAUCUCCAUCACAGAGGCCCAACUGACACCGCACCUAGAAGCUACGUAUGUCCCAUGGUCUCAGUUCCACCUCGAACAGACAUGGCGUCCUUAUACUCGGGGUGACGUCGCCGCGACCGCCGAGAAACGGGCGGGCAGACCAAGGGUCGUGGCACGCCUUGGCGUGUUAAGUGACGUCAAGGAACUGUUUGAGCCUUCCAGUCAAACGCGCAACCAUCGCCUAAAUAGGAGCGUCAGUCCCGUCUCCAUUGAUUCGCUCAGAGCGAUCAACUUCGAUCGUCUCCAGCUUGUGCAAAGCUCAUCCGUUCUUGCAGGCGACGUUUUACUAUGGAGCCGGAUCGAUAACACUGACGCGUCCAUCAUCACCAUCCUCGCAUCUUCUAUCCACAUGUCGAGUGAUUGCUCGCGCAGCGUGACAUAUGACAAGAAGCACGGCCUGGUCGCGUCCUCUUUUCGCAAACAGGUCUACGGAGUAGACGUUGUCAAUAAGAAUGCGAUCCACCUGAUUCACCCACCUAUUUUCGAACACUCGUAUUCGUUCAUUCGUUCAUUCGUUCAUUCGUUCAUUCGUUCAUUCGUUCAUUCGUUCAUUCGUUCAUUCGUUCAUUCGUUCAUUCACCCUCGAGAAACCCCGGCAGGUGGAGAUACGGUGGAGCAUUUUCCCAAGCCAGCCACUCGAUGGGCCAAGAGUCCGUUGCCGCCACGACUGUGGACAAGCGACGCGCUGAUGCGUCUGUCCUAUGCCCGCGGCGUCACCGCACUACACUAUUUCCAUCAGAGGCGCACUGCCAUCCAGUCCCUUUUCGGGGCAAAGACAGGAGCGGCUUGCCAACCCGAGCGCCCCGGGCUAGCCGCUUGCCCAUCUACGCAGUAUGUACCUACAUGUACCGAUGCAGACCAAUGAACUGAAUGGAAAUGGUGC